GUGUAUCUAUGUGUGUGUAUCUGUGUGUGUAUGUGUGUGUAUUUAUGUUUGCAUGUAUUUUGCACACUCUGCUCAAACUUAAUUGACACUAUUCUGUUGCAAAGUUUUUUUAGCCAAGACUUCCUAGCCACCCCCCCUCUCUUCUGAUUACAUCUAGUAAUUCUCCAUUGAAUAAACGUCACUUACAAUGGGUAGGGGAGCUAGAGAGCUGGCUGAGGCUUCACGCUCCAUGCUCCCUUUAAAGGGCUCCUGUAGUAUUAAUAGUCAUGAAUAUCAAUUAUUGUGAGGCGGUGUAGUGCAGAGUUGGGCAGGGUCGUAUAGACAUUCUGCUUCUAGCCUUGGGUGGAAGAGGAUUACAUUUGGAGCUCAAAAAAAAAAAAAAAAAUACCAGGGAGCCACUCACACAGGCUGCGAGGACAAUACACUUCCUAUAUUUUGGGGGCAUUUUUUGAUGGAUUGUCUUGGAACACUCUCAAACAGUUUUGCAGCUUUUUUCCUGCCUCAGCCCUCACUUACAGCUAUUUUUUAUUAUUAUUUGAUUUAACUGUUGCAAGGCACUGAAUAUCUGCACAGAUGUUGGUUCACACCUACUCAGCUAUGGACCGCCAUGAUGGUGUCCCCAGCCACAGCUCCAGGCUGUCCCAAUUGGGCUCGGUGUCCCAAGGACCCUACUCCAGCGCCCCUCCGCUGUCACACACCCCAUCAUCGGACUUUCAGCCCCCCUACUUUCCACCGCCAUACCAGCCGCUGCCAUACCACCAGAGCCAGGACCCCUACUCCCAUGUCAACGACCCCUACUCCUUGAACCCCCUGCACCAGCCCCAGCAGCACCCCUGGGGGCAGCGCCAGAGGCAGGAUGUCAGCUCCGACUCCGGAUCUCUCCUACCCCAACCCAGAGCCUCUCUGCCCCAACUGUCUGGACUGGACCCCAGGAGGGACUACCACUCUGUCCGCCGCCCAGAUGUCCUCCUACACUCUGGCCACCAUGGCCUGGACUCCGGCAUGGGGGAUGGCUUGUCCCUGCAUGGACUUGGGCACCCUGGCAUGGACGAUGUUCAGUCAGUGGAAGAUGCUAAUAACGCCAUGAAUCUGUUGGACCAGUCAGUUAUCAAGAAAGGUAUGAACGAACAGUGUACCCACACCCCCUACUUAUCAAAAAAUUACUGGGUCCCUGUGCCCCCUAAGUCUGUCACCUCGCUGAUGAUGAACAAGGAUGGCUUCCUGGGAGGGGUGACGGUGAACGCCGGGGAAGUGUUCUGCUCGGUGCCGGGCCGCCUGUCCUUGCUCAGCUCUACGUCCAAAUACAAAGUGACAGUGGGGGAGGUGCAGCGUCGCCUGUCCCCUCCGGAGUGUCUGAACGCCUCUCUGCUGGGAGGGGUGCUGAGGAGAAAAGGUGGGAACUUUCAAAAGGGGUGUAUGGAACAAUCGAUUGAUUCUGAAAUGAUCAGAGCGAAAUCAAAAAAUGGUGGAAGAUCUUUGAGGGAGAGAUUGGAAAAGAUUGGUUUAAAUUUACCAGCCGGAAGACGCAAAGCUGCCAACGUCACUUUAUUGACCUCCCUGGUGGAAGGUGAAGCUGUCCAUCUUGCCCGGGAUUUUGGUUACAUCUGUGAAACAGAAUUUCCAGCCAAGGCGGUGUCCGAAUACAUGAACAGACAGCACACAGACCCGACCGAUCUGCACUCCAGAAAGAACAUGCUGCUGGCCACAAAGCAACUUUGUAAAGAGUUCACAGACCUUCUGGCCCAGGACAGAACACCUAUAGGUAACAGCCGACCUAGCCCAAUCCUAGAACCAGGAAUCCAGAGCUGCUUAACUCACUUUAGCCUCAUCACCCAUGGCUUUGGCUCCCCUGCUAUCUGUGCGGCCCUUACGGCCCUGCAAAACUACCUUACCGAGGCCCUGAAGGGAAUGGACAAAAUGUUCUUGAAUAACAACAGCAGCAACAGGCACACAUCCGGGGAGGGACCGGGCAGUAAAAACAGUGACAAGGAAGAAAAGCACCGGAAAUGAAAGCUGGACCUACUCUAACAUCUUUCAUUUUAGCUUUAACGAAAAACAAAAAAAAGAAAGAAAAAUAUUGAACUGGCUUUGGAGAAUUACAAAUAUAUAUCAGACUGCGCCCAUGACGCAACCCACGGACAUCCAGCACGCAAUUGGGUGCAAAAAUCUCUGUCAACGACUUCCUUUGUAUCCUCUUCAUUUUUAAGAAUACUUUAUAGUAACCCAAAUCUGGAACAAUAACAGAACAGUCUAUCGGAAAUAUAUGGAAGAAAAAUAAGAUUUUUGUUAACUCCUUGAGGUGCACAGCUUUGAUUAGAAAAUAUAAGAACGUUAUGGAGAAGACCUGGGAGCCCGCAACAGUCGCGUGUGCUGUAUAGGCCCCUUUGCCGCAGGAGGCAAUGGCAUGCAGCGAUACGGUGGCCACUGAUCACUACUCCAGGCAUCUGGUCCUUGUGAUAUAUGUGUACUUUCAGAAUCAGUUUUAUUGCCAAUCCAUUGUCCUCUUUCCUGUAUGAGUAACAUUUCAUAAAUUUGCUCCCUCAGAUAAUUCAUGUUAUCACUGUAAAUGGUGAGCUAGGAAAAUUCUCAAACUAUAUAUAUAUGUAUUUUAUGUUCUUUUUUUUUUUACUUUUUUUCUAAAGGUUUUGCUUGUACGAUGCCAUCAACAACUGCUCUGAUCUCUAAUCCAAGUCCAGAGCACUCAUGAAUUUAUACUCAUAAAUUAUACAUGUGAUAGGAAAAAAAAACAUACUGAAAAAUAUGCACAGAAAGCACUGUUAGAAUAAUGUUGUCCCUGGUUUAAAAUUAUAUAUACAAGCACAGAGAUAAAAAUAACAUUAUAAUAUGACAUAACCCACAUAAUUUCAUACUAAAAAUGGAUAAAUAUAUAACGUUACAUCACCAAAUCAGGUUUCAGUUCCUUGUAGGCGCAUCAAGAAAAUUUGAACUCUGGUUGGUCGUCAAUGUUGAUUGCACUUAGCCACUGCCCUUUCUUGUUAGGUAAAAUAAUUCUCAUUAUUUCACGCCAAGAGGCUUAUUUUACAAAAUGCUAACACAAGUAUAAGGAACUUUUUUUUCAUCUGCGUGAUUGUAAUUUUAAAAUCUCAAUGAACUCCCAUAAAAAUAACGGUCACUCCUUAUAAAAAUUAGGACCCUUAUUCUGGUAUGUUAGCUUUGUGCAUUGGACCUCCAGUAUAGUGAUUCCAUAGAAUACCUUUCUAUAUUAAUACAAUUGUGUUUCUGUAAAAAAAAAAAAAAAACUUUUAAAUGCCCCUUUUCUGCCCAAUAAACUUACAGAUCUCACCAGAGUACAUUUGCACAUGUUGAUGAUACAAUCAUAAUGAUUAAAUUAAGUGUUUUGCCAAUUCAGUGACUUUCACAGCCAUUAGUUAAUUGUUCACCUGAAACUAACGCUUCAUUUGAAAUUUAGAAAAUAUUUAUUUCUUGUAUUUAUAUAGCGCAUACUAUACAGUGAUUUACAGCGUACAUAGAAUUGUUCAUAACAGUCCCUGCCUAAGGUCCUUUAGCAUAGUCGUGUCCAUUUGAUUAUAUACCUGUUACAUUUGUUUUUGGUGGAAACUGGAGCACAUAUAGCAAGCCCAGACAAAUAAGGGGAAGCUAUACAUACUCCAACAAGUGUUUUUCCCUGGAUAGAAAUUGAUUAAAAUUGAGACCUUUUAGGUGCCAUAUUGCAAUACCUGGUCGUUUUUUUGGUUAAAAAAAAAAUAUUGUUUUGAUUUUAUAAAACCUUGAAUUAUGAUUCCCUAACAAUGUUUCGUUAACACUGUUUAUGAUUAAAUAUAUUUCCAGUGAAGAAAAAUAAUUUAAUUUCAUUAUAAAAAUAUGUUUUAUCUGUGUUGGACCCUUGCAAUGCCUUUUUCUAUAAACAACAUACAGCACUGAAAAUUAUAGCCAAUAUUAUAAAUUUCAUUCCAUAGCAGGGAGCUUUCUUCUUACUGUCCCGACUAUAACAUUUUUAUGUACAAUAAUUUCGUUUUUAUUUGAUUUUCUACUCUGUGAUGUAAAACUUUUAUCAUUUGCAUUACUGAAACCUGUUUUUAUUUUAAAGGCUGUCCCAUGUAUACUGUGUCAACACGAUAAAAUUAUAAGAUUGAGAGAACUUGCUCUUUUUUUAACUUGAUUUGAUAUAUAGUUGAAAUGGAAAAAAAGAUUGUUUAUUAGUUAAAAACAAAAUUUAGGAAAACUGGAUGCUGAUGAAUUUUGGGGGAUUUUUUUUUUUUAAUUUACACUUAAAAUGUGCCAAAUGUGCAAAAGGGUUACUCCAGUCUUUGAGAAUACUUCUGUUUAGUAAUCCACCUUCAUUUCACACAUCUUUGCCAACUUCAUUUCACCUGUGGAUGAAAUCGGAUAUCUGAGUUGUUAAGAAACAUUAGAUUUGCAAGCGGGAGGGAAAUAAUGUUAAGUUUGUAUAUAUUUAUUUAUGCUUAAUUUAACAGGAGUUUGUAUAUAUGGCGAGUAAGUACUUAUUUAUAUGUGAGUCUGUUACUCUGUGGAUGGGUGGUAACGCUUGAACUUAGGUAGUCUCUGAAUUUUUUCUUUUUAAUUUUCUUUACUUUAUUUUUUAAAAUUUGGUUCCUUAAAAGAAAAAAAAAGUAUAGCAAUGAAUAGAAAAAUUGAUUCUUGUCCAGUGCUGAUCUGAUUUACAUUAAUAAAACAUUGUUGUGUUUUUGUUGUA